CAUACUGGAGAGAAACCUUAUGAAUGUCAUCAAUGUGGUCAAGGCUUUAAAAAAUGCAAUCAUCUCCAACGUCAUAAAAGAACACAUACUGGAGAGAAACCCUAUGAAUGUAAUCAAUGUGGUAAAGCCUUUCCAACACCCAGUCAUCUUCAAUAUCAUAAAAGAACACAUACUGGAGAGAAACCCUAUGAAUGUAAUCAAUGUGGUAAAGCCUUUGCAAGACCCAGUCAUCUCCAAUGUCAUAAGAGAACACAUACUGGAGUAAAACCCUAUGAAUGUAAUCAAUGUGGUAAAGCUUUUGCAAGUCACAGUGGUCUCAAAUAUCAUAAAAGAACACAUACUGGAGAGAAACCCUAUGAAUGUAAUCAGUGUGGUAAAGCUUUUGCACGUCACAGUCAUCUCCAAUGUCAUAAAAGAACACAUACUGGAGAGAAACCCUAUGAAUGUAAUCAGUGUGGUAAAGCCUUUGCAGGUCACAGUAAUCUCCAAUGUCAUAAAAGAACACAUACUGGAGAGAAACCCUAUGAAUGUAAUCAAUGUGGUAAAGUCUUUUCACAGCACAGUCAUCUCCAACAUCAUAAAAGAACACAUACUGGAGAGAAAUCCUAUGAAUGUAAUCAGUGUGGUAAAGCCUUUGCAUGUCACAGUUAUCUCCAAUGUCAUAAAAGAACACAUACUGGAGAGAAACCCUAUGAAUGUAAUCAAUGUGGUAAAGUCUUUUCACAUCACAGUAAUCUCCAACAUCAUAAAAGAACACAUACAGGAGAGAAACCCUAUGAAUGUAAUCAAUGUGGUAAAGUCUUUGCACGUCACAGUUAUCUCCAAUGUCAUAAAAGAACACAUACUGGAGAGAAACCCUAUGAAUGUAAUCAUUGUGGUAAAGCCUUUGCACGUCACAGUUAUCUCCAAUGUCAUAAAAGAACACAUACUGGAGAGAAACCCUAUGAAUGUAAUCAAUGUGGUAAAGUCUUUUCACAACACAGUCAUCUCCAAUGUCAUAAAAGAACACAUACUGGAGAGAAACCCUAUGAAUGUAAUCAAUGUGGUAAAGCCUUUGCACUACUCUCUAGUUUCCAAUGUCAUAAAAGAACACAUACUGGAGAGAAAACCUAUGAAUGUAUUCAAUGUGGUAAAGCCUUUUCAAGACCCAGUCUUCUCCAAUUUCAUAAAAGAACACAUACUGGAGAGAAACCAUAUGAAUGUAUUCAGUGUGGUAAAGCCUUUGCAAGACCCAGUCUUCUCCAAUUUCAUAAAAGAACACAUACUGGAGAGAAACCCUAUGAAUGUAAUCAAUGUGGUAAAGCCUUUGCAGUUCACAGUAAUCUCCAACGUCAUAAAAGAACACAUACUGGAGAGAAACCCUAUAAAUGUAAUCAAUGUGGUAAAGUCUUUUCACAACACAGUAAUCUCCAAUGUCAUAAAAGAACACAUACUGGAGAGAAACCCUAUGAAUGUAAUCAAUGUGGUAAAGUCUUUUCACAACACAGUCAUCUCCAAUGUCAUAAAAGAACACAUACUUUUCCGAUAUAGCUGUCUCCUGUGAGGCUAUUCCAGUGCUGAGCAAAUACAUAAGUGGAUGCUCACAGUCAUUUAUUGGAUGGAACACAGGGCUCUCAAUGGAGGAGCCUGAGAAAGUACCCAAGGAGCUGAAGGGGUCUACAACCCUAUAGGUGGAACAACAAUAUAAACUAACCAGUAACCCCCAGAGCUCAUGUCUCUAGCUGCAUAUCUAGCAGAAAAUGGCCUAGUCUGCCAUCAUUGGGCAGAGAAUCCCCUUGGCCUCGCAAACUUUAUAAGCCCCAGUACAGGGGAACUCCAAGGCCCAGAAGUGGGAGUGGGUGGGUAGGGGAGCAGUGCGGGGGGAGUGUAUAGGGGAACUGUCGGGAUAGCUUUUUAAAUGUAAAUGAAGAAAAUAUCUAAUGAAAAUUGAAAUAUAAAAAAACAUACUGGAGAGAAAUCUAUGAAUGUAAUCAAUAUGGUAAAGCCUUUUCACAAUUCAGUAGUCUCCAAUGUUAUAAAAGUACAUAUACUGGAGGGAAACCCUAUGAAUGUAAUCAAUGUGGUGAAGCUUUUGCAGGUCACAGUAUCUCCAAUAUCAUAAAAGAAUCCAUAAUGGAGAGAAACCUUAGAAAUGUAAUCAAUGUUAUAAAAGCCUUUUCACAGUUAUUGUCUCUAUAAUCAUAAAAGAACCCAUAUUCGAUAGAAACCUUAUGAAUGUCGUCAUUGUGCUAAAGCCUGUGCAUAUCCCACUCGUCUUCAAAACAUAAAAGAUUCCACACUGGAAAGAAACCUCAUGAAUGCAAUCAAUGUGGUAAAGACUUUUUAAAACUCUAUAGUCUCCAUUAUUUUCAAAGAACACAUAGAAGACAGAAACCUUUGGAAGGUAAUCGGUGUUGUAAAGCAUUUGAUGUCACGGUCAUCUAUGAUGACUUAAAGAUCACAUACAAGUGAGAACCCAUAUGAAUGUUAUGAACGUAGUAAAGCCUUUGUAUGUCAUAGUUCUUUAGGCACACACAAGACAAACCACACUGCAGAGAAACCCCAAUUUAAAUGUUUGCUUUUCUGAGAGUUGGUUUGGUCAUGAGAUCUGUUCCUAGCCAUUGAAAAGCUGAGGAAGAAACCCUCUGAGUAUAUUUAAUAAGGUAAAGCCUUUGCACAAUUUUGUAGUCAUUUUCAUCAUGGAAGAUUUUGAACUGGGUAGAAACAUUGUGAAUCUAUUUAGUAUGGUGAAACUUUUUCAUUGAACUUCUUUUUAUGUAUAUUUUUCUUUUUAUGAGAAUAUUCAUGCUGGAGACAGAUGCUAUGAAUAUCAGCAGUGUGGUAAAGCUUUUAAGUUGUUGGGUCCACUGAGGUUCAACACAACUCACACUCUAGGACAAUGCAAAGGAUAAGAAUUUAUUGGGCUGGGUGGUGGUGGCGCACUCCUUUAAUCCUAGCACUCUGGAGGUGGAUGCAGGCAGAUAUCUGAGUUCGAGUCCCAACUAGUAUAGAGUGCGUUCCAGGACAGCCAGGGCUAUACAGAGAAACCCUGUCUCGGAAAAAAAAAUUAUUGGAAACAUACUCAGAAGCUUAUCUUCAAAACCCUACCGCCCAUACCCAACCUGAGACAGAAAGUUAUAUAGCUUUCAGACACAAAAGCCUCAAAGUCCUAGGCCAAUUUACAGCUACAUUUUCUCCCAAAUCAAAACUUGUUUUUAUUGAAUGAGUCAAUAAAUGGUGAUUGCUAA